AUGGCCUAUGACCGCUAUGUUGCCAUCUGCAGACCCCUGCACUAUGGGACCCUCAUGGGCAGCAGAGCUUGUGUCAGAAUGGCAGCAGCUGCCUGGGCCAGUGGUUUUCUCAAUGCUCUCCUGCACACUGCUAACACAUUUUCAAUACCACUCUGCCAAGGCAACACAGUGGACCAGUUCUUCUGUGAAAUCCCCAAGAUCCUCAAGCUCUCCUGCUCAGACUCCUACCUCAGAGAAGUCGGGCUUACCAUGGUUAGUCUUUCUUUAGUCUUUGGGUGUUUCAUUUUCAUUGUGCUGUCCUACGUGCAGAUCUUCACUGCUGUGCUGAGGAUCCCCUCUGAGCAGGGACGACACAAAGCCUUUUCCAUGUGCCUCCCGCACCUGGCCGUGGUCUCCCUGUUUGUCAGCACUUCAUUUUUUGCCUACCUGAAGCCCCCCUCCCUCUCCUCCCCAGCUCUGGAUCUGGUGGUGGCUGUUCUGUACGUGGUGGUGCCUCCAAGCAGCACCAUCACCUCAGGGUCCUGUGGGAGAACAGGGGAGGGGCUGUGGGAAUGGCCAGCGAGUUCAGAGGAGGAGUUGGGAGAGGUGAGAAGGAAGUGGAACUGGGCUUGA